GGGGUCAGUCGGUGUGAGUGUCGCGGCGGUGGAGGCUCCACCGGAGGAAGGGUCGCCGUCAUCGAAGAGGAUUUUAACCACAGAAAGAACAUUUAUUUUGUCAACGAUGACUCGUCCGAUGUUUGCGUGAAGAAGAUUUAAGUCGCCUUGCUGAAUUUCCGCCGUUUAACCGCUCGUAAAAAUGGCGAACGAAUCCCCGGCCAAGAGCCUGGUGGACAUCGACCUGGCGGCGCUGCGGGACCCCGCCGGCAUCUUCGAGCUGGUGGAAGUGGUGGGGAAUGGCACCUAUGGACAAGUUUAUAAGGGUCGACAUGUCAAGACUGGACAACUGGCCGCCAUCAAGGUGAUGGACGUCACCGAGGACGAGGAGGAGGAGAUCAAGCUGGAGAUCAACAUGCUGAAGAAGUACUCGCACCACAGGAACAUUGCCACCUACUACGGAGCCUUCAUCAAGAAGAGUCCACCGGGGCACGACGACCAGCUCUGGCUGGUGAUGGAGUUCUGUGGUGCAGGUUCCAUCACAGACCUGGUGAAGAACACCAAAGGCAACACCUUGAAGGAGGACUGGAUCGCUUACAUCUCCAGGGAGAUCCUCAGGGGCCUGGCACACCUGCACGCUCACCACGUCAUCCACCGCGACAUCAAGGGACAGAACGUGCUGCUGACAGAGAACGCUGAGGUCAAACUGGUGGACUUUGGCGUGAGUGCUCAGCUGGACAGAACAGUUGGUCGCAGGAACACCUUCAUCGGGACGCCAUAUUGGAUGGCUCCUGAGGUCAUCGCCUGCGAUGAAAACCCAGACGCCACCUACGACUACCGGAGUGAUCUCUGGUCCUGUGGAAUCACAGCCAUCGAGAUGGCAGAGGGAGCGCCGCCGCUGUGUGACAUGCACCCCAUGAGGGCGCUCUUCCUCAUCCCCAGGAACCCUCCUCCUCGCCUCAAGUCCAAGAAAUGGUCCAAGAAGUUCUUCAGCUUCAUCGAGGGCUGCCUGGUGAAGAACUACACCCAGCGGCCCCCCACGGAGCAGCUCCUCAAGCACCCCUUCAUCCGCGACCAGCCCAACGAGCGGCAGGUGCGCAUCCAGCUCAAGGACCACAUCGACCGCACCAAGAAGAAGCGCGGCGAGAAAGACGAGACGGAGUACGAGUACAGCGGCAGCGAGGAGGAGGAGGAGGAAGCGUCCGAGCAAGAAGGAGAGCCCAGCUCCAUCGUGAACGUGCCAGGUGAGUCCACGCUGCGGCGGGACUUCAUCCGCCUGCAGCAGGAGAACAAGGAGCGCUCGGAGGCUCUGCGCCGCCAGCAGCUCCUGCAGGAGCAGCAGCUGCGCGAGCAGGAGGAGUACAAGCGCCAACUACUGGCCGAGAGGCAGAAACGCAUCGAGCAGCAGAAGGAGCAGAGGAGGCGGCUGGAGGAGCAACAAAGGCGAGAGCGUGAGGCGAGACGUCAGCAGGAGCGCGAGCAGCGGCGGCGUGAGCAGGAGGAGAAGCGGCGUGUGGAGGAGAUGGAGCGACGCCGCAAGGAGGAGGAGGAGCGGCGGCGAGUGGAGGAGGAGAAGAGGCGGGCUGACAGAGAGCAGGAGUACAUCCGCCGACAGCUGGAGGAGGAGCAGAGACACCUGGAGAUCCUGCAGCAGCAACUGCUGCACGAACAGGCCAUGCUGCUGGCUGACGAGCGGUACCGGAAGAACAUCCAAGGUUCUCCUCAGGCGGCACAAAGCAAAGCGGUCCAGCCCCCGGUGCCGCCGCGCUCCGAGUCGUCGUACCCCAACGGGAACACGGAGGCCAUGAGCCGGCCUGUGGAGGCGCAGGUCCCCGUCAGGACGACGCCCAGGUCGCCAGUGUUGCCGAGGCGGGACUCGCCUCGUCGCCAUGGCAACACGCCACGCAGCGGUCAAGCUGUGAAGCGCAACGCCGGCAGCAGCGCCGAGCCUCGGCUGCUGUGGGAGCGCGUGGAGAAGAUGGUUCCCGGCUCCGGCCCUGGCUCCGGCUCCGGCUCCGGUUCCGGUUCCGGCUCCGGCUCCUCCAGCAGCUCCUCCAGCAACUCCAGCUCUCAGGCUGGUUCUCACUGUGGCUCCGGGGAGCGCUCGAGGGCCCGCACCUCCUCUAAGUCCGAGGGCUCGGCCCCCCAGAGGGCGGACGGUGGCGUGAAGAAGGAGGCGGUCAGGCCCAGCAGACCGGCGGACCUGACGGCGCUAGCCAAGGAGCUGCGGGCGGCGGACGACGUGCGCCCCCCCAACAAGGUCACGGACUACUCGUCCUCCAGCGAGGACUCGGACACCACCGACGAAGACGACGACGAAGAGGUGGACCAGGAAGGAGGCGAGGAGUCCACUUCCGGCCCGGAGGACUCUCGAGCCGUGUCCUCCCGCCUGAGCAACGGCGAGACGGAGUCGGUGAAAACUAUGAUCGUGCACGACGAGGGGGAGGGCGAGCCGUGCAAGAACAGCACGCUGGUGGUGCGACAGAGCGCAGGGGAUGGCAAAAAGAGGGCGGGCCCCGCCCUACAGAGCCCCCACCACCAUCUUCAUCACCUCCAUCACGCACAUCACCAUCAUCAUCAGCCGGACAGGAACGGCUUUGUGGGCCGCAUCCACCUCCUCCCAGACCUGAUCCAGCAGAGCCAUCACUCCCCCUCCCCCUCCUCCUCCUCCUCCUCCGCCUCCACCUCGCCCUCCACCUCCAGCCUGGCCAGCCCCUGCAUGUCCCCCCACAGCCCCCUGGACAAGAUGGCCAUCCUCAUGGAGAGUCAGUCCAGUAACAACAUGCAGAAGCACAAGUCUUCGUCCUCCUUCACGCCGUUCAUCGACCCGCGCCUGCUGCAGGUCUCGCCCUCCGCCGGCAGCGCCCUCAACAACGUCGGCUACGCCAACGACCCGCGGCUGGCAGAGGCGCUGAGGGCCGACCCGUCCCGCAAAGGUUCCGUGGUCAACGUCAACCCGGUCAACACCCGACCGCAGAGCGACACGCCCGAGAUCCGCAAAUACAAGAAGAGGUUCAACUCUGAGAUCCUUUGUGCCGCACUCUGGGGCGUGAACCUGCUGGUGGGAACAGAGAGCGGUCUGAUGUUGUUGGAUCGCAGCGGUCAAGGCAAAGUUUACCCGCUCAUCAGCCGACGACGCUUCCAGCAGAUGGACGUCCUGGAGGGACUCAACGUCCUGGUCACGAUAUCAGGCAAGAAGAACAAGCUGCGUGUGUACUAUCUGUCCUGGCUGAGGAACAAGAUCCUGCACAACGACCCCGAGGUGGAGAAGAAGCAGGGCUGGACUACAGUAGGAGACCUGGAGGGGUGUGUGCACUACAAUGUUGUGAAGUACGAGAGGAUCAAGUUCCUGGUGCUGGCCUUGAAGAACUCCGUGGAGGUUUAUGCCUGGGCUCCCAAACCUUAUCACAAGUUCAUGGCCUUCAAGUCUUUCGGGGACUUGGUGCACAAACCUCUGCUGGUGGACUUGACGGUGGAGGAGGGUCAGAGGUUAAAGGUCAUCUACGGCUCCUGCCUGGGCUUCCACGCCGUGGACGUGGACUCGGGGGCGGUCUACGACAUCUACCUGCCCACACACGUGAGGACCCGCACACCCCUGAGUUUUGCGAGCCCGGCUGACCCCAAGUCCUGUGCGCAGAUCCAGAACCACAUCCAGUCCCACGCCAUCAUCAUCCUGCCCAACACGGACGGCAUCGAGCUGCUGGUGUGCUACGAGGACGAGGGCGUCUACGUCAACACGUACGGGCGCAUCACCAAGGAUGUGGUGCUGCAGUGGGGGGAGAUGCCCACCUCUGUGGCUUACAUCCGCUCCAACCAGAUCAUGGGCUGGGGUGAGAAGGCCAUCGAGAUCCGCUCGGUGGAGACGGGUCACCUGGACGGAGUCUUCAUGCACAAGCGAGCCCAGAGACUCAAGUUCUUGUGCGAGAGGAACGACAAGGUGUUCUUCGCCUCGGUGCGGUCUGGAGGCUCCAGUCAGGUGUACUUCAUGACUCUUGGCCGCAGUAACCUGCUCAGCUGGUAGACGCUCUUCCUCCUCCUCUUCCUCCUCCUCUUCCUCCAAGCCCCUCCCCCCGACCCGGUCAACACUGGAUCUCAGAACCACGUCCCGGGCCGCCGAGAGAACCGCAGACCGGACUCCCACUUUGUGUCGGCAUGGCGACGAGGACGGCGGCGGCGACGCGGGGCCACACGCGAGCCGCCUGGAGGAAACAGGAAGCCGAGGGAGGAAAACAGGAAGUGGUUGAUUCCGGCGCUCCUAACUGACUUUUAGAACCCUCCUCACUCGUGGAGUCGACGUCGCUCAACGUUCUCGUGUUGGGACGACGGCCAUCGUCAUGGCGACAAUAAAAGUGGGCGGGGACUCUCCUGUCAGCGUCGGAUGUGAUUGGACGAGAGGAAGUGAGACGACGUAGAGUUGUGGCGUUCUUGUUCCUGGCGUCAGCGUGAAAAUGUGCAGUUUCCUUUUGUUUUCAUUCAUGUUAUUAUGAAUAUGAUUAGUGUUAUUAAUAUGAUUGUUUUUCCAUGCACACCAACCACGUCUUCACCGUCUGCUCGCCUCCACCCGCAGUCGUCUGCACAGAAUGUGUGCGCACCAAAAAAACAAGUCAAUAAAGUUGUGUAUGUAAAAAAUAAAUAUAUAUAAUAAUGA